UUGCGAAGUAAUUUGCCACUUUAUGCGACUUGGUCGAUGUUUACAUUCGCGCCCAUCGUCAGCUGUCAGUGUUGUUCGCGUUUGAAUGCUUGAUCAUAAACAAAGGCACUUAGUUCCGCUAAAAUCAUUUGCAAAACUACUGAAAGCAAGUAAAACCUCGAUACAAGGUACGUGCUAAGUAUAAAACUUAAUAAUAUAAUGCUCAAGAAUCAAUUUCAUUUAUAGAUGUUCACGGUGGCUCAGUUUUUCGAGAAACAACAGUUGCGCGUACUCGCUGUUCCGGCUUCAUGGGUACGUGACGGCUAUUUGUUGUGGCCAAAACUCUCUUCCAAUGAAAAGCUGGAUAAACUUCGUACCGAAGGAGGAGUGGAGUUUCACGGUGCCACGAAGAAAAUACCAGUUAUUUCGAGCCGAAAGUUCAAAAGUUUGCAGGCAGCAGAAGCCGCCGCAGAUGAUCUGCUCAAGCAGGAGGUGUCGGACAUAGAAGCGAAGCGGAAAUUGCUCAAGCACCGUAAAGUUGUGUCUGAAAAGCCUCGUCCACUUAAAGACUAUAACAAGAUCAUUAAAGAAAUUGCAUCAUCAAAGGUGCCCACGCAUGGCAAUGAUCAAACAGCAGGACCAUCUGGAUGGGUACAGCCACCGGUACAAGAAAUCACCAGAACAACGGAAUCAAGUCAACCACAAGCAUUAGUAUUUCCGAGAAACUCGCAUGGAACUGAUGACCGAAAUACGCAACACCACUCACUUCAGGAUCAAUCAGCCGAAAAUCGGGAGGAGGAAUCGAAACCACUAAACAUCACCAUAUCGCGCCCAUUGCAAACGUUCGGAACUCCGAUGAACGUGCUCAGUUCCCCUCGUGAUCCAUCUAACAUUGUGGUCACAUAUCAACCACAACCUCUUCAAACGACAAACGAGGCUGUUCAUCAUGCAGCAGACAUCUCCUCAAAUGCAAUGUUGGCACUACCACAGGAUCAGCAGCAAAUCCAAUCGCUAUUGGUGGGUGACGAAAACAUUUACUACAUCAAUUCCUCGACAGACAAUUCUAGAAUUGUUGGAACUUCUGGUAAUCCAUCUAAUAUGUUCCGCGAACUGAAGGUUGCAAUAUCAACAUUGAAGUCUGAGGUAUCAACGCUAGGAACUUCAGUGACUUCAUUGAAGACCGAUGUGCAAGGAAUGCGAGAUGAAAUGGUUCAAAUGAAGAGAGCUAUUGUUGAGGCAGUCAACCAAUCCGCCCGGCAGGCAGUAGAAGACUGUCUGGGAGAAAACUUUCCACGUUUCGCAGCCAUGCUAGACAUGAACCGAAAUCACCAACCUGCAUCUGAGGAAGAUAAGUCGGUUGAAAAUCAUAGACUUGUGGACGAUGAGGAUGAUUUAACCGAAUUCAACAAGAUGUUGGCCAGGAAAGAACUGUUCGAUGAAUAUGUCAAAUAUUUUACCAAAAUUAUUCCUCCGGCGACAUACUCGGGAAAAGGCGAUGCUGCGUGCUACAUUAUUGUAGACUGUCUGUUCACUCGAGGAUUUUGGAACCAUUUCACGUGGACGGGUAUCAACAGAGGCAACAAGUCAAAACGAGGGUUUCGAGAGUUUGCCAACGUAUUGGGACUGCUUCUGGCCAUUGUUAGUAUUGGUGAUCCAUCGUACAAUUCCAAGAUGUUGGAGCUAUUCUGCAAGAACAGACUGUUCCGAUACUCCAAGGCUAGAGCAACCAAUAAGAUGCUUCGACAAUCAACAUGCCGCACAAAGGCAAAACGGGAUGCUGCAGUUGCUCAAGAUCCAAGUGAUGACCAUGUUGACGAUCUAUCUGAUGACGAUGAUUUUGUUGAUGAACCGGAGGUUAAUAUCACAACCGAAUCGGAUCACGAUGAUUCGGAUUUUGAUCCAGACGGUGAUGAUGACAUGACAUCUGCUUAAAAUUUCGACGACUGCGGACGGGUUCUGUGAGCAGGUGCUUCGAGACGUUCGGAUUUAUAUAGUUCUGAUUAGAACUUUCAAUCAAUCAAACAGAGAAAGCUAUUUUUAUUACGUUGUUGUUAUUACUCUUUGAACUGAACAAAAAUGACAAUAAAGUUCAUUUGAACCGUUUUCUUUUUUGGUUUUUGAGACAUCUCACAAACUGUUCUGUUAUAACGUGUGAAUGAGAGGUAUGAAUACUAUUUCCUUCCUACAUCUAAUAGCAACAAGUUUGCACAUUAUACAGUUUGUAUCAUACGUGUUCUCCUCUUUCGAAAAGAUACGGGUUCCUUCAUUUGUAGCAUAAAUAUGAAUAAAAGAGGACUUGAAGGGUUUAUCGA